UACGCCAGAGAUAGUAUUGGUAUAGUAUUUGGAAACGCCAACCAAUGAGCCUACGCAACAUCGGUAGUGGGGGCUUAGGAGCAACAUAAAAUACAACCUACUCGCAUUGAGUAGUAUCUUAACCACCGGUCCUUGUUCAAGUCAGCGGCUUAUUCAAUCUCGGGGGCCUUUUCUAAGUUCUUUUAGAGUGGUUCAAUGGAUACUACAGAAGUCAUCAUUGUCGGUGCUGGGCCAGCUGGCCUAGCAUUAGCGAUCAGCUUGUCAAAACUCAAAGUGAAGUCUAUCAUACUAGAAAAAGAACUCGAGAUUGUAGAUGACCCUCGAGGAAUUGCUAUAACGCACGAUGCAGUCAGAAUCUGCUGGGAUCUUGGCCUUGGUGGUGACAUGGAAAACAUUAGUCAAGAACUACCUCAUUUCAAUUUCCAUAAGUCUUCUUUUGCAAAUCCUCCAUUCUUCCAGCACGAUGCAUUUCCCGAUAUAUUCUCUCAGGCGCUUCCUAGCGCUGUGUUUCACGUUCAGCCAAAGUUAGAGUUUGCAAUGCGCAAGGAGUUAGCAGGUUCGCAGUAUUGCGAGCUCCGAUGCGGCUGUACUGUGACAGGGAGAAAACAAGACGGCGCGGAGAUCGUUGCUGAAUACACAAACGCCAAUGGAGAAGCAAAAAACAUACGCGGUUCAUGGCUCAUUGGGGCAGACGGUAAAAAGGGUAUAGUCAGGAAACACUUCCUCGAACCAUCAGCGGGUAUCCGACAAGUUGAAGGCGUCUACAAAUACGAUGGAACCUGGGUAGCAGCAAACCUGAAGAUAACACUGCCAACCCCGAAAACACAUCCCAAAUUUCCUCUUUGGAAAUUAGGAUACACCCCGGAGCAGGUAUAUGACCUAUUUUGGCCUAUUGGUUUCCAUUUUGGCAGUCCCCCUGGAAAGCCCUUGGCCGCUGGCCGCUUUGGGCCGAAUGAAGCACGUCUGUGGCGCCACGAGUUCGCCCAAAAUGACUGGAACGACAGCAUGAACUCCGAAGAGCUGCUCUGGGAACACCUUAUGCCAAUGCUUACCCGAAAAUGUGACGAGAAUGGCCGACUAUUCCCGACGGGAGAGACGAUAUUCCCUCAUGACUGUAUUGAGGUUCGACGCUGUCGCCCGUUUGAAUUUACACACAAGGUCGUCAACAAAUGGUUCGAUGAUAGAACUAUCUUGAUCGGAGAUGCUGCCCAUGUAUUCCCGCCAUUCGGUGGCCAAGGGAUAGCAAGCGGCUUGAGAGACGCGCAACAGUUGGCCUGGCGUCUAAUGCUUUUGUUGCAACUACCCAAUGCCACUCGUUCUAUUCGCGACACGGUUCUCCAAUCCUGGGCGCAGGAACGCGCUUACAGCGUGAGGGUAGCAGCGAACUUUACGAAAUUCAAUGGGCAAUUGUGCAACUACGGAGACUCGUGGGCGUUCUGGUUGAUGCGAAACAUCGAUUGGGCUAUCCGGUUGAUUCCUUUCUUCAGCGAUAUGCCCGAUCCACUCUCUAGGACUGAAGCGCGCGGUUUCACGACUGUUGAUGGCGGUUUCUUCUCUUCUAGAUAUUCCGGUGGCGGACGGCUGCCCCAAGUAUAUUUGUCAUCACGGGGGAAUGAGCCAGAGUUAUCCGACUUGAUACUACAACCGAGGAAUACAGCCCUGACACUUCUCGUAAUAGCGACGGACGAUCAGGCAAAGGCUGGGGCCGAGGCAAAAAAAGCUUUAGAUGGAGCCCAAGUCGGCGAAGCAGUUAUCAGUCGUGACUCAAUACGAGUCGUAUGCUCAAAGCCGUGCGCUGCUGCUUCUGAUGACUUGGAUAUCUACUACCCAACUCCGGUAGAGCAAUUAUCGAACGCAGGCGUGUUCAUUCGACCCCGGUAUCGACCCUCGAAUCUAUUCAGUCGUUUCAGCUCUGAUACGAAAUUCGUCAUUCUCCGGGCGGAUUUCUUCAUAUUCGGUCUUGCGAAGAACUAUCAAGAGUUGGUGGGGUGCAUGAAUGAUCUCAGACAGUAUAUUCAUGGCGAGAUCUCAUAGUUACGGGACACUAGGCCAUAGCCUUGU